AUGGCGGCUCAAAUCCGUACUUUGGUGUCGUCCCAGUGGCUUUUAGAAGCCAUCAGAAACAACCGCAUUAGUCCAAAGCUGCGGAUCCUGGACGCGUCGUGGUAUCUCGCCAAAACCAAGCGGGACGCCAGAGCGGAGUUCGCCCAGUCGCAUAUAAGCGGAGCCUCCUACUUUGACAUCGAUGAAUGCUGUGAGAAGAGCUGCGGGGAUCUGGAUCACAUGCUGCCGUCUCCAGAGCGCUUCUCUCAGUACGUGGAAGCGCUCGGCGUCGGGAACGACACGCAUGUGGUAGUGUACGACACUCAUAACUUUGGGGCGUUCAGCGCGCCCCGCGUCUGGUGGAUGUUCCGUCUGUUUGGCCACAGCGCGGUGUCUGUUCUGGACGGAGGGAUGAAGCACUGGCUGCACAGUAACUACCCCGUGACUGCAGAGUACACUGCCCCCGAGCCGAACACUUUCUCCGCCUCUUUCAACCCGUCCUGGGUGAAGACGUAUGAAGAUAUUCUGCAGAACAUCCAUGCGAAGGCAGUGACGGUCGUAGAUGCCCGGUCUGCGGGCAGGUUCAAAGGCACAGAGCCAGAGCCCAGAGAUGAUGUACUGCCUGGCCAUUACCCUGGUACUGUCAACAUACCGUUUUACUCUCUUCUGGACCAGUCUGGGAAAAUGCUUCCGUUGGAAAACUUGGCAAAGAUUUUUAAAGAGGCAGAUGUGGACGUCCAGAAGCCCUUGUGGGCCACCUGUGGCUCAGGCGUCACGGCGUGUGUGGUGAUACUGGCUGCUCACCUGCUUGGACACCCGGGCGCCUGUCUGUACGAUGGCUCCUGGACUGAAUGGUUUAAAAGAGCACCUCCUGAAUACAUCAUUUCUGAAAAAUGA